GUAGGUAUUCGCGUAAAACCCUAAUUGCUCCCCCUCCUCUCUCUUUCUCUUUCCCCCCCAAUUAGUAUUCGGUGCCGCGUUAGCUGUCUCUCUCUCUCUAUAUCUACCACCUCCAAUAAUGGCGACGGCUGGCGAAGACACGACGGCGAACGCGCCAUCGGCGGCGUACGAGGGCGGAGGAGCGGGAGGGAAGUUUCGGAAGAGGCCGUUUCGGAGGGCGCAGGCCACGCCUUACGAUCGCCCUCCCACCACCGCCCUCCGAAACCCUAGUUGGCUCUCCAAGCUCGUCGUCGACCCUGCCUCCAAGCUUAUUAAUGCCGGCGCUCGACGAUUAUUCGCUUCAUUCUCCCGCAAGACCCUACCUCCUCCUCCUCCUCCUCCUUCUCAUCCUCCACUGCCUGCUAUCCCUGCUCCACCACCUUCAGAGACAACACAAGAUCCAAAGGAUGUGCAUAACGCAUCAGGUCCAAAUAAUCAUGAUGGAGAUUUUGAACCAGAUGUACACAAACAUGGGGAUACUGCUUAUAAUCCUGAGGGCAGUGCUUUCUCUGAGCUUGAACAAUUGUUGAAAAAGAAAACUUUCACCAGAUAUGAAAUUGAUCAGCUGACAGAACUAUUGCAUUCAAAGGCAGUAGAUUCCCCUCUCGAGGAUGCUGGUAAAAGAAUUGAAGUUUCUAGACUAGCUUCAGCAGAUAUUUCAAGAGGCAUAUCGGAUGAUAAUAAUACUGAGAAGGGAGCAUCUCAUGGAGUUACUUCAACUGCUAUCAUCAGUUCAAAAAUAUGUGAGGAUGAUGUUGCAACUCCUGCUGAGCUUGCGAAGACUUAUAUGGGAAGCAGGCAGUCUAAGGUCUCACCAUCAGUUCAGAGUUUUCGCAAUCAAACUGUAAGAGAAGUUGUGCCAUUUGUUUCACAAUCACCAAUUGCGUCAUUGGCAAGAAGGCCUGGUAUUUUUGGGGUUACUGAAAAUGGUUUUACUACACCAAAAUCUCGUGGUAGAUCUGCAGUAUACAACAUGGCUCGUACACCAUAUUCCAGAGUUCGCCCAACUGAUUUUCAGAAGGGUGGCAGCUCCACUAGUUACCUUUAUGCUGGGGCUUCAUCAUCUCAUUCUAAGUUGGAGCCUGAUGAAGUGUUCGGAUCUAAACAAGUGUCCCUGAAACGUACAAGCUCUGUAUUAGAUGAUGAUCUUGGAUCCAUUGGGCCCAUCAGGAGGAUUAAGCAGAAAUCUAAUCUUUUAUAUAAUAAUGGUGCUUAUCUUCCAACCCGAAGAGUUGGAGUUGUUUCUGCUGCUUCUAAACACCAGCUAUUUCAGACACAGGAAAAAUCCAAAACUCUAGAAAAGAGUCAUGACGGUGCAACUCCUAGUACAAGCCGUUUCCUUGUACCUACUAAGUCCAGUGAGACAGCUGCAAAAAUAUUGGAGCAUAUUGAUAAGCUUUCUCCAAAGGAAAAGCCAUCUGAAUCGAAGCGUUUUGCCAUUAAAGAUAAAUCACCAACUAAAUUAACAACAAAUAUGCUUCAUGGACAAGCUCUUAGAAGCCUGGAGCAUUUGGAUUCUUCAAGGUUGCUUCAGAGUGCCUCAAAUGCUUAUGAGCCUGAUACUCGUGCCAAUGCUACUUUACCUGAUGCUAGUGAUUCUAAAUUGCCGAAACAUGGCAGUGUAUUAGAAAACAGGCCAAUGAAUUUUGUUGACACUGUAAACCAUGUAGCCAACAGGGAGGUGACAUUUUCUGAAAGAGAUGCCCCAGCCUCUGCAGAUUCCAUUCAUCCAAAGUUUGCAGCUCUACCUCCUGAAAAGAAAUGUGCUUUUAAAAUGAGCGCACCUGAGGAUUAUCUUGAGCUGGAUGAGGAUAUAGGAUCGAAUGUCCCUGCAUCUAAAUCCUUGUCUGAAGGGAAUGGAAAGCAGGAGAUGCCUCUUGUUAAUAGCAAGUUUGUCUCCAGUGAAGAACUAUCUAAAAACAAAGGUUUAGUUUUUCCAGAAAUCAAUACACCAUCUGGGUUUUUGAGCAAAAGGACUGAUGAGCAGACUCCCAAUGGUGUUAAUACUAGUGUAAAAUAUACUGGUUUCUCUACCAAUGAGGACCUCCAGGCUGGCAAGUUGAAUAAUACAUAUGGUACUGAGAUCAAAGGAUCCAGUUUGGCUUUGACUGGAUCAAAACUGGAUAGCUUGAGCAGCCCAACCAACCUUGCUUCUGGUCCAACUGAUACUUGGCCACGACUUCCUAUGGAUGAUAAUUCACUCAAGGCCGGUAUUAAUGGUAAAUUAGAAGCUCCCUCAGUGGCAUCAACUUCAACAACUACAACUUCCUUAUUUGCUGUUCCCUCCAGCAACUUAAGUAAUGGAAACUUUUCUCCAAAUCCUGUCUUGUCAUCAUCCUCUGUUUUAGCUGCAAGUAAUUCUGAAAGCCAUACCGACGCUUUAAGUGUGGCUGCUCCUUCCAUUAGUGCUGCAACCACCAAUGUCCCGGUGACAUCUUCAGUUAUCAAGCCUGGAACUUCUAUAUUUUCUUCAACUACCAAUUCAACAUCAGCAACUUUUUCCAACUCAGAAACUUCAGCUUUGAAUGUUAAAUCAGAGAAAUUAGAGAAUGGCACUAGUCUUGGAAAUCUAAAAAGUUCAAGUUUUGCAGGCACAUCAUCUGCAGGCACAAAUACCAUUUUUGGGCUCAAUUCUUCAGUAAUGGCAACAUCUACUGCCACCCAGCCUCAGGGUUCUCUUUUUAGCACAGGAGGUGGUUCUACUGUUAGUGCAAAUCCCCUUCUGCCACAAUCUAGCAAUACCACUAGCCCACAGACAAUAUCCUCUUUGUUUGGUUCAUCCACAUCAUCUCCAGUGUUAGGAACUUCUGGGGUUACAUCAUUUAGCUCAUUGAGUGCAACUGCUCCUGCUAGUAAACCUUUACCAGCUUCUGUGUCUUCUACAGAGAGCAAUCAGGUUGGUUCCACCUCUUCCGGCAUAUUUUCAUUUGGUGCUACUUCAGCUUUGCCUAGUAAUGGGGUUACCACUGUUACACCUAGCUUUGGUGCGAGUCCUGUAGCUCCUGCUCCUGAAACCAAAGUACUUAGCCCUUCUACUGGCAGCACUCCUGCUUUAUUCAGUUUUGGUAACAGUUCUACCUCCUCUUCCACUAAUGCUAGUCCUGCAAUAUCUAGUUUUGGUAGCAGUUCUGCUGCUUCCACUUCCACUAGUUCCACUCCUGCGUUCAGUUUUAGUGGCAGUUCUUCUGCACCAUCUUCCAGCAGCACCACUCCUGGGGUGUUGAGCUUGGGUGGCAGUUCUGUAGCUUCCUCUUCCAGCAGCAUCACUCCUGGGGUGUUCAGUUUCGGUGGCAGUUCUGUGGCUUCCACUUCUGGCAGCACCACUCCUGCAGUGUUCAGUUAUGGUGGCAGUUCUGCGGGCUCCUCUUCCAGCAGCACCACACCUUCAGUGUUCGGUUUCGGUGGCAGUUCAGUGUCAUCCUCUUCCAGCAGCAGCACUCCUGUGGUGUUCGGUUUUGGUGGCAAUUCUGCGCCUUCCUCUUCUGGCAGCACCACUCCUUCAGUGUUCAGUUUUGGUGGCAGUUCUGCACCUUCCUCUUCUGGCAGCACCACUCCUCCGGUGUUCAGUUUUGGUGGCAAUCCUGCUUCCUCUUCCAGCAGUGGUGUAUUCAGUUUUGGUGGCAGUUCUGCUGCUUCCUCUGCCACUGCCGUAAGCAAUACAGCUCCUGGAACAUUUAAUUUUGGUGCCAGUUCGGCCUCUUCACAAGCUAGCCAAGGUGGUGCUGUUGCUGGUAUUUUUGGUUCAAGUCAGCAACCCUCAUCUGGUGCCUUUGGUUCUUCCCCAUCAUCUAUUGGCUUCACCUUUGGAGCUUCCUCAUCUUCAUUUUCUACUUCUAAUACUGCUCCAAUGCCUUUUGGAUCAUCUCCCGGUGCCUCAAGUAGCCCCGUUUUUGGAUUUGGAACAAUGUCUUCAACUUCUUCCCAGCCCAUAUUUGGAAACACUACUCCCUCUUUCACAGCUUCCCCUGGGAACAAUGAACAGAUGACCAUGGAGGACAGCAUGGCUGAGGAUCCGGUGCAGCAAUCAUCUUCACCGGCAGUUUCUGUAUUUGGUCAACCUUCUAACUCUCCUGCACCCAACAGUUCCUUUGUGUUUGGCUCUCCUAAUCCAUUCCAAUUUAGCGGGCAACAGAAUCAAGCUGCUCCACAAAACCCAUCUCCCUUUCAGGCAUCCGGGAGUUUGGAGUUCAACGGUGGUGGAGGGAGCUUCUCGUUGGGCAGCAAUGGCCCUGACAAAUCAGGUCGAAAAAUUGUGAAAGUUAAUAGGAACAAGAACAGAAGGAAGUGAAAAAUAAACCUUUUGGUGUGACUACAAUCACUGUUGUCUGGUCUUUUCUUGUUCAUUGAGUCGCUGCAGAAGGUUGCAGGCAGGUCGGGUCCGGUCCCCUUGAGCCAUUAUUGCAAAAAUGAAGAAUGAGGUUUGCUGUGUAACUUGUUAUUUUGGUUUUGUUUUCUAGCAGAAGCAGCUUUUAUCUAGUCAUAGAAUGUAACAAUUUUGCAAUAUUUGCAUGUAGUGAACAGAAGAAUGGUGUUGUAUGAGUUGGGUGUAAUACAUUACAUUUCAAUUAUGCUGCUACUUGAGAUUGUAGUAUUCCAGUCUUUGGUAUAUCAUUACAUGUAAACAUAAUAAUAAGAAAUGGUUAUGUUCUUUACUA